GCAUGGAUACAGGUCAUGGUCUUUCCUAUCCUCUACAACUGGGUGAUCAUUAUAUGCCGGACUUGUUUCGAUGCUAUCGAGGAGAAUUACCUGGCAGUGUGGCUCACUGUUGAUUACGUAUCAGACCUGUUCUAUGUGGCAGAUACUGUGGUCAGAUUUCGUACAGGGUACCGGGAUCAGGGCAUCUUGGUGACAGACAUCACCCUCCUGAAGAAGCAUUACAUGCGCUCCUCUCGGUUCUACUGGGACAUGGCGUCCCUCCUGCCCACGGACCUGCUGUACCUGCAGCUGGGCAUCCACAACCCCCUGGUACGAGUCAACCGCUUCCUGCGUACUGCGCGGCUCUCCGAGGCCUUCGAACGCAUGGAGACGCGCACCUCCUACCCCAACACCUUCCGCAUCUCCAAGCUCAUGCUCUACAUUUUCGUGCUGAUCCACUGGAAUGCCUGCCUGUACUUCGCGCUCUCCAAGUACAUUGGCUUCGGGGCAGACCGCUGGGUGUACCCCAACAUCUCCAACCCGGUCUUCGCCUCCGUUCGGCGCCAGUACUUCUACUGCUUCUGGUUCUCGGCGCAGAUCUUCACCACGGUUGGGGACACGCCGCUGCCGAACCGGGAGGAGGAGUACCUCUUCAUGAUCACGGACCUGCUCAUCGCCGUGCUGGCAUUCGCCUCCAUCGUGGGCAACGUGGGCACUGUGAUCACCAACCUAAGGGACCGCGACAAGUUCUUCUUCCCCAACCACGAGCUGGUCAAGGGGUACCUGAGCAGCCACCGCAUCAGCAACGAGCUGCGCGGCCGUGUCAACAGCUGGUAUCAGCAUCUGCACAUCAACAAGAAGAUCACCCGCGAGAACGAGAUCCUGCAGCAGCUGCCCGACACGCUGCGCACUGACAUUGCCGUCAGCGUGCACCUGCCCACCCUCUCCAAGGUGACCAUCUUCCAGAACUGUGAGACCAGCCUGCUGGAGGAGCUGGUGCUGAAGCUCACGCCACAGGUGUACAGCCCAGGGGAGUACGUGUGCAGGAAAGGGGACGUGGGGCAUGAGAUGUACAUCAUCAGAGAAGGGAAGCUGGCUGUGGUGGCUGAUGAUGGAGUCACUCAGUAUGCUGUCCUUGGGGAGGGAACCUUCUUUGGUGAGAUCAGCAUCCUCAACAUCAAAGGGAACAAGUCGGGCAACCGGCGCACGGCCAACAUCCGCAGCAUCGGACACUCAGACCUUUUCAGCCUGUCCAAAGAGGACCUGACAGACGUGCUGUCCGAGUUCCCGGCGGCCAAGAGGCUUCUGGAGGAGAAGGGGCGGCAGAUCCUCACCAAGAUGGGCAAGCUGGAGGAGACGGCCGUGAUGGACGGACCCAAGGAUGAGGAGCAGAUGAGGAGGAAAGCAGACCAGCUGGAGGACAGCAUUUACGCCCUGCACACGAAGCUGGCCCGGCUGAUGGCUGAGCUAGAGUCCAGCGACUAUAAGAUGCUGCGACGGGUGGAUCUGCUGGAGAAGAAGGGGGCGGUGUGGAAGCCUCCGGAAGAAGGGGAGGAGGAGGGGAAGGCAGAAGCUGAAGGGCACAGUGAGGCGGAGGACAGGAAAGGAGGAGGCACAGGAGAAGGGACGGAGGAGCCGGAGGAAAGAGAAAGGGAAGAGAGUGGAAGAGGAGGGGAGGAGCAAGUGAGGGAGGGAUCAGGAUGUGAAGGAGAGGAGAAAGGAGAAGAGAAGGAUGAGGGAGGCGGAGUGUCAGAUGGAGGGGCGAGUAAGCAGGGAGGGGCUUCUCAGAAGGAGGUGGGUGGGAAACCAGGAGGCGAGGAGGAAAGCAAAGGUGAGGCUGGGGGGGAUGUGGCAGAGGACAAGGGGCAGAAGGGAGAGGAAGAAAGAGGGGAUGCAAUGGGAAAGGAUGAGAAGACCAGCGAGAAAGAGGAACACACGCAGGAUGAGGGAAAGAAAUAA